UUCUCCUUGUGUUUCAUAUACCAUGCACACGAAUUGCGAGAGAGACAGUCUGGUCGAUAUUGCAAAAGAUCGUCAUGACAGACAAAGGUCGGGCGCAAGUCCGGCUCUCCCGCGGUUCGGGAAACGCGACGCGAACCAUCGUAUCUACCUUGAUCUUCCCUGAAUUGACCAUUUGGUACUGACGUCGGUAUCUUAUUCUGCAUUUCAGAUACUCGGCGCAUAUAAGCUCGAGCAUAUCAGCAAGAGCUUGCGAAGUCAUGUCGAACCCGAAUUACAGCGCCAUGCAGAGCUCUGGUUCAAACGCACCUCCGCCAAAACGCUAUGAUGGACGCGACGGUGGUCUUGUAUAUGAUCCUAGCCACGGUGGUCACUAUGGCGCCAGCUCCUACAUAGCAUCACAGGGAAGCGCACCUCCUCCAGAGACAUUCACAGGACAAUGGUCAAAUGUAUCGCAAGGCCUGUCGGGAAACUAUAGGGACAUCUUGAAUACGUACUGGCAGAAUCAGGUCACGAAGCUCGAGACGGACGAACACGACUACAAGAUCCACCAACUACCCCUAGCACGCAUCAAAAAGGUCAUGAAGGCAGAUCCCGAGGUCAAGAUGAUCUCGGCCGAAGCACCCAUCUUGUUCGCAAAGGGCUGCGACAUCUUCAUCACAGAACUGACCAUGCGCGCCUGGAUCCAUGCAGAAGAGAACAAGAGACGCACACUACAACGCAGCGACAUAGCAAGCGCGCUUGCAAAGAGUGACAUGUUCGACUUCCUCAUCGACAUUGUUCCCCGUGAGGACGCAACCCCUCAACACAAACGUAGACAAGACUUCCCUCCUGGAAGCUUCCCAGUGUCAGAGGCGCAGAUCGUGACUGCUGGACCUUCGAUGCAGGCUCCCCCUGCGGCCGCACAGCUUCAGAGUCAGGAACAGGGACAGCAACACAUGCAGCCGACGGACUACGGUGCCAUGGGUCAACACGUGGCACAGGAGUCGUAUCAGACGCAGCAGGGCAUGUACCCGCCUCCCGCACCUGCGACGGGUUACGCACAGCCACAUAGCUUUGAUCCCAACAUGUAUGCUGGCGGCUACAACAUGUUGCAACAACCCCAAAUGUACGCGCAACAGGGUCAAAGAAUGGCAGAUCCCUCGAUGGGUGGUGACGGCCAGCACCAUUACCGCGCACCCGAAGACGACGCCGAGGGCGAGAGGGACCAGUACGAAGUAUGAACGGAUGCAUGCAGCAAUAGACACGACGCACAAACUUGAUACCCCCCACAAUCGCAGAAAACAUGGCAAAAAA